CUGAAUUGAAAGCUGUUCUACGUUUAAAGAUAGAAAAUGAUUGUAUAACAUGAAUCUUGAGCAGCCUUCUUAUCUCUUAUUCCAAUGAUUCAAUCUUGGUUUAGUUUGAAUGGAAUCUUGUUCUUUCCUCCCUUAUGAGGCAAGCCUAAGAAUGGGAAAGGAACUUUGGCUAUUCCUUUGAACUGAAGAAAACUUCAUUCUGAUUCUGAAUAAGGAAUCCUUUUAACCGUAUAUGAACUGUCCUUUGAUUUUUGUGGGUAAAACACAACUUCUUGCUUACUAAAUAUAUAUGUCUGUGCCUUUAUACCCAUAUCUCUUCUGAGCUCAAGGCAAGGAAGAAACCUCAUCCUCAUUCUUUCCACAGCUUCUCUAAGCUCCAACCAUCAAUGGCUACCCAGGUACAAUCUGCAGUUUCUGUCCUUUUAGUCCUUAACCUUGUACUUUACUUCAUCAUCACCGUCAUCGCUUCGUGGGCUGUAAAUCACGCAUUGGAGAAAUCUUUUGAAUCAGCAUCAACAUUGACAUUGCCAGCUCGGUUGUUUCCUAUAUACUUCCCGUUUGGAAACAUGGCGACGGGGUUUUUUGUUAUCUUCUCCUUGAUUGCUGGGGUCGUGGGAAUGGCAUCAUCAGCCACAGGAAUCACUAAUGUCACAAAAUGGAAUUCCUCAAAUAUUCACACAGCUUCUGUUUCCUCUCUUGCAACUUUUGCUGUUACUAUACUUGCUAUGGGAUUUGCAUGGAAAGAAAUUGAACUUGGUUGGACAGAUUCAAACUUGAGGACUUUGGAGGUUAUAACAAUCAUCACAAGUGCAACUCAGUUGUUAUGCACAGGUGCUGUUCAAAUUGGAGUUGAGGAGAUGAUUGUGGCUGAAAAGCGAGUUCAAGGAAGGGUUUGAAUCAAACCAAAAAUAUUUCUUUCUAAAGGAAAAAAAAAAAGUCAUCUUGUAAUUUAAACACUUUUGAUUUUUUUUUUUCAUUUUUUUUCAAAAUUUCAUGUAUUAAUUUCGUGUGGAUUUGUGUCAUCUAUCACACUUGUAUUUGUUCUCCUUUUCCAUUUUAAAUUUUAUGACAUGUGAGCUUGAAAAUGCAACAAAUUAAUAAUUACAUGAUUGAAGAUUGGGUCA